AAUCCAGUUUUCUGUUGGGAAAUGCGCAGAUUGUGGACUGGCCCGUAGUUUAUAGUAAUGACGGUUUUUGUAAACUUUCCGGAUAUCAUCGAGCUGACGUCAUGCAGAAGAGUAGCACUUGCAGUUUUAUGUAUGGUGAACUGACAGACAAGAAGACCAUUGAAAAAGUCAGACAGACUUUUGACAACUAUGAAUCAAAUUGUUUUGAAAUUCUCCUCUACAAGAAAAACCGAACUCCAGUCUGGUUCUACAUGCAAAUUGCACCUAUAAGAAAUGAGCAUGAAAAAGUAGUUUUGUUCUUGUGCACUUUUAAGGAUAUCACUUUGUUUAAACAACCAAUUGAAGAUGAUUCAACAAAAGGCUGGACGAAGUUUGCUCGGCUGACACGGGCGCUGACGAACAGCCGGAGCGUCCUGCAGCAGCUCACGCCGAUGAACAAGGCUGAGGUGGUGCACAAGCACUCCCGGUUGGCCGAGGUUCUCCAGCUGGGAUCUGAUAUUCUUCCUCAGUACAAACAAGAAGCUCCAAAGACUCCACCACACAUUAUACUACACUAUUGUGCUUUUAAGACUACUUGGGACUGGGUAAUCUUAAUUCUAACCUUCUACACAGCAAUUAUGGUUCCAUAUAAUGUCUCUUUCAAGACAAAGCAGAACAACAUUGCCUGGCUUGUGCUGGACAGUGUCGUGGACGUUAUUUUUCUGGUUGACAUUGUUUUGAACUUUCAUACAACCUUUGUUGGCCCUGGUGGAGAGGUUAUAUCUGAUCCUAAACUCAUAAGGAUGAACUACCUGAAAACGUGGUUUGUGAUUGAUCUUCUGUCCUGUUUACCAUAUGACAUCAUCAAUGCCUUUGAGAAUGUGGAUGAG